AUGGUCACGAAACAUGACCUCGGCCAACGCCAGAAGGUCAAGGCGAGGGACGAACGGCGCCGCAGGAGUCGGGAGAAAAAGACGCGUCUUCGAGAACAUGACAUGGAGAGUCGGCUCGGAGAAAGCGCCGUCGAAGCCAGCCAGUCUCGUGAGCAAGAAGGCGAAGCCAAAGGCCACGAGAGCUCGGGGCUGCUGGCAGCUCUGUCGUCCGAUGCGUUAGGCAUCGGGAAUUUGGGAUCAUUCUUCCACGCCGGUGAUACGAGGCUCGAGGUUGCCGCCCGGCACGGGCCGAUCCCGCUGGUACCAGAAGGUAGCAAGGCGCUCAAAUGGCGCGCGAGCAUGGUGCACAACAACCCAGGUGAAGGAUUGACACAGACGAAGUACUCGGAUCCGGCAGUGAUACGCGAUCUUGGCUUCAACGUGAUGGUAAAGAACGAUGGGCGCCCUCCGCAUACUGCAAUCACCUGGGACAGCUUUGACUCCGACAUCUUCCCCAAUGGCACUGAUGGUCGCGCUUGGGUCGAGCAGCGAGCUGCUGAGAUUGAUGAGGAGAUCAAAGCCAUUCAUCAAUCGGGAAUGAAAGCAAUGUACUGGUCCGACGUCUUUGUGCUGCCCAAGUCACUCAUAAAGAAGUACAGCUCGAUGCUGAAAGACGAUCAAGGAAGGUGGUCUUUAGACUCACCUGAGAUGAUCGCCAUCACGAAGUACAUGUUCGACGCUGUCUUUGAGCGCUUCCCAGAUCUCGAUGGUUUGGUCAUUCGCACGGGCGAGAUCUAUACCCAUGACGUGCCAUUUCAUCGCGGGAGAAGCCCGAUCACCAAUGGUACUGAAAGCCACAUACAGCUCCUGAAGAUCUUGGAGGAGGUCGUGAUCCAUAAGCACAAGAAGAUGGUCUUCUACCGGACGUGGAGUUUCGAUGGCUUCCACACAGAUCCUUACUAUUAUCGUCAAGUGACUGAUGCGAUCAAGCCGAACAAGCGCCUGGUCAUGGUCAUCAAGCAUACGGCGGGUGAUUUCUGGAGGACGCUGCCUUUCAACCCUACUCUCGGAAUUGGUAGUCAUGAUUUUAUGGUCGAGAUCCAAUGCCAGCGGGAGUACGAAGGAAAGGGUGCCAUCCCAAACUACGUCAUGAAGGGCGUCAUCGAAGGCUUCGACGAGAAUGUGCUCGAUGAUGGUCCCAAGAGCUUGCGAGACUUGCGUGGCAAUGAGCUCUUCCAGGGCGUCCUUGCAUGGCCACGUGGUGGCGGCUGGCAUGGUCCGUACCCUGCAAACGAGCUCUGGAUCGACAUGAAUGUUGAAGUGCUGGCCAGAUGGGCGCAGCGACCCAACGAGAAAGAGGAAGAUCUGUUCUUCUACUGGGUGCAGCGCAAGCUGGGACUCGACUACGAAUCAGCUCGCAACCUACGAGAGAUCGCAUUGCUUUCAGCCCGGGGAACUCUGUUGGGGCACUACUCUCUCGAUCACCAGAUCAUGAACCUGCCUUGGACACGAGACUUCUUCAUUGGCGGUGCGGACGCGGCUCUGAAGGCGGACUUCAAUGCUAUCAUCAACGAAGGGCUGGUGGAUGCUGUGUUGUCCGAGAAAGCGCUGGCGGUAUACCUCUGGGAGAUGCUGCCGGGCCCAGCGCGAUAUGUCCACUUCAAGGAUCGGAAGCUGCGUGAAUUCGUCGAUCACAGCAUCGAAUACGCCAUCCUACUCUACACCAUCAUCUGGCGCUCGUGGAUCGUGCAAUUGAAGGGCAUGGAGGGAGACCGGACAGGCAACCACGACCAAGAAGCGAUGCAAAUCGGCAUUGAGGCGUACGAUCUUGCGCUGUCGAGGUACAUGGCAUUAUCUGGAGAGGCUAACGCGACGGAUAUGGUAUCGUCUCUGUACACGCCAUUUCAGUAUCGCAACACUGAUCCAGAUCCUGUGUUUGGGGUCAAUCACUCGAUGAACAUGUGGAGAUGGGUUAUGGAGAACAAGACACAGGUCUUUAGGGAAGAGCUGUGA